AGAAGAAGACCUUUGCCUACCCGACGGUCGCUUUUAAGUCUUUAGGCGCACAGCGCAGUCCGGAAGACGUCACCGUUUCUUCCAUCCCCAGGUCCCCUCGCUACUGUGUCCGUGAGGAGCUGCUGCGACAGCGGUCCCACGAGUUGCGAGCAGCACACUUGCGCAUUGUCAAGCUAGGAGCUUCUGGAAAACCCAGCGAGCAAGGAACCCUCCACGGCUACGCGCCACUGACACAGCAAGAUCAUGAGUCAAUAUCCAUUGCGAAUCGCUCCAGAUGAACCCGAGAUACCGGAGCCACUUGCCAUGACUCCAACGGUCAUGAACGUGUCUACGCAAUCAUCGCUUGUUUGAUAUCAGUCGGAGUCGUCUGUUUGGUAGCCUUCACGGUGCUUGGAACAUUAACAAAAUUCGACGAGGACCCGGACGACCUCGACGCCCUUGGCGGUGGUGGCGGUGGUGGAGGCGGCAGUGAAAGUCGAGCUGCGGGUGGCAAUGCUUCCUCUCCAGCAUCGCUUCCAGCAGGAACACCACCAGAGACAAGCGUGCCUGUAUUACGAGUUCCAACGCCACAAGGUCCUGUUACGCCGAAACCGACAACGACCCCCACCACGACCCCGAGGAUGACGACGACGACUACAUUGACACCAUUCACAGAACUUGUCUGCACGGUUUCCGGCUACUCGUUAUACAUGUUCCCACCAGAUGGUUUGUGUCAUUACCUGUUCUACUGGGACGUGGUCGUAUUUCGCAAAACCAUACGGGACGUAGACGGCUCACAUUAUUGGGAAAAAUUUAAGGACAAAACGGCACGGCUGAAAAAAACGUCCGGAGGCAUCAGCUUCGACUCCCGGUUCGUGGCUGCGUCUAGUAUCCGCUCAGUAGAGAAAGGGCUCGAAUAUCUGGCCACGAUAAACGUCAAGCACUACGGUGUUUUGAGCAUGUUGGCCACCCCAGAGAAAGCGCACGACUUGUUGCAGCACUCGAAAGCGCUUCUUCAAAAACUCAAGACUAUACAAGGUAACGACAUCACCAAAAGGACGAUACUGGCGAUGGGCCUGUACGAUUAUGGUUCGCAAGGCGAAUACUAUAGCUUUUACACAAAUCUGUUGAAAGAAGCAGUCGAGACGUCGAAGGCGGACACUGUCAUCGCCAUUAGCUCUGUCGCGUGGCUGUAUAAUGCGAGCCGAUGUGACUGUACGCCACCCUCAGUCUGGGACGCGUCGGCACUGCCAGGCUUGCCCAGCACCUUGGGAAGAAGAUAUCCUGACCUGCGCAGGCAUGCGGCACUGAUGUCGAAGCACCAAAGCAACUUCGACUUGAAGGUUAAGAUGGGCCUCUCCUUCGAGUUGGCCACGCUGGUCUACAAAAUCUCUCGGCACUUGCAGGCUGUCAACGUUGCAAUAAUUCACAGCGAGUGCCACAGGUUUGAUUGGGCGAGCUUUGAUGUCGUGCCAUGUAAAGAAACUUCAGGCUCAACUCGCGGCCUUGUGCACCCAGACGUCUGUAUCGCAUAUGUGGACCUUAUGCGUCUAAUUUUCCUCUUCGAGGACGAGGAUACCUUGCAGAAAAAGUGCAGGGACCUGCUAAAACCAUCUACCGACCUGCGGCCAAACUUUGUGAUGCUCCUAUUCAACGUUCACCUCGGCGGCAUCUCCGACCUGAACCCUUGCGGCAGUGCCGAUCCGCUGAGGGCCAACCCAUUUUGGCGCGUUCGCGUGGUGAAGAGGACACUGAAUAUCACGUGACGCCGAGUCGAGGUGGCUACAGUUGAAAUGAGAAAUAAAAGCUUUCAGUGCUUGCCAGCGA